AUGGCUUUGUUAAAGUGCAAGGCCGGCUCGCCAGCGGCAUGGCGGGAGGUGGUUUUGAAGGCGUCUAAGUUGAGGGCUGAAGUGGCGGUUAAGAUGGGAAUUGUUGACUCGGCACAUGAUAGCGCGGCGGAGACGGUGGUGGCAGCGGUGAAGUUGGGGGAGGAGCUGGUGUUGAGGAAGUGGGAUGGACACGUAGUACAGGUCCGAGCGAAACUACUGGAUAUUACCAAUCGCAAGUCACAUUUUUUAGAGUCUCUUGCAUAG